AUUUUGGAGACGGUUACGACUUUUUCAAUUGCAUCAGUACUGUGACAUCGGCGACGGCAGCAGUAUACAUUUCUUGCUCAACAGUAUUCAUCAAGAUCCCCAGCCAGCUUAACAGCAACGUGUACGCUCAAUUUACAACACCUAGCUUGACAUGAUCGCCACCUGCUCACAAUAAUUCAACCACAUUUGCAUAGUUUCCUUUAACCACCUCACCCAUCUAUAAACUCUAUUUAUCCAUCAUGGAUAUCGAUGCCGACAUAUAUCAGUUGUAUCGAGCGCAUACUGCCAUUGUCGAACCUGAGUCUGAAACAAAUAAUGUCCAGCAUGAUCCUUCACCAGAGGUCAUCAUCACCCCUGUAGAAGAAGAGUUACCCGUUCAGCCAUGUCAGAUCAAACGGCAACGAACUCUGGUUAAACCAGAAAGAGAGCGCAUUAACGUCAACCAUCCACAAUACCAUUACCGAAAACGUGCCCAAAUGCAUGCACAAAUUGCUCCAAGCAACACUGGAAACCGCCCUACCAUCUCUGCCAAACUUACAAAGCUUGGUAGAGGAGCCAGUAUCCUCGGACGAGAUGAAAAAGCGUCACCGUAUGAAAAGCUUGACGGAGAAGUCAUUUCAAUUAUACCACAGGCAACUGAAUUGCCGCCUUCCGCCAAACGUUUGGAUGCAUGGCAACUCUAUUGUAAACUUGUGACAUGCUGUUUUCCUACUCCUUUUCUUCGCGCCAUAGGUAAAAAGGAUGCAGCAUCCCAAUCUGCCUGGAGAGAAAAAAUUGGCUUCAUCACAUGCAUCUUGGCUAUUAUGGGUGCCGUUGGAUUUUUGACGUUUGGCUUCACCGAAGCAGUGUGUCCUACCCCUCCAUUGUCCUUUCACGUCGCCGAUAUAAACAAAGGUUACAUUUCCAUCGACGGCUGGGCUUAUAUGCUUGCCUCGUGGUCAGAUCAUCCUCCUAUUCCAGGAGUCACCGACACCAGUUCCAAUAUCAUGUAUGAGCCCGUUUCCGCGGGUGGCAUGGAUGCUACCUUUUUGUUUCAAAAGGUGAACGAAGCCUGCAUGGAUAUCAUCGUUCCAAAAGCUGGUGUCAAUGUUGGCCAACAGGGCCAUCGUCUUCCUACAUAUUUUCCAUGCCGCAUGUUUGAUCCGCAUUCCGGUAUCGUGCCAGACCCAGCUACCUAUGCCAACUAUUCUGGAUGCCAUCUUUCCCCUACGGCACGGAGCAUGUUCUUCUCCUUUCAAAAUAGCGGUGUACCUAAGCCCCAAGGUGGCUUUGAUAAGGCUGGUCGAAUCUAUUAUACAUGGCAUGAAGUGAAAGCUAGUGAUCACCUCGUUAUUUACAAUGGAGAGGUCCUCAAUCUGAACUUGCUCAAGUCACUUCCUCGUAACGUACUAGAUGUUCCUCACGGAGGCUUGAUCGAUCAAUUGAUAACCAACGCUUCAGACUACGUUGGUACCGACAUGUCAUAUGCAGUAACAAAUUAUCGAUCCCAAAAUGGCCUGUCCUGGAAAAAGGAGGCGGAAUGUCUCUCUGAUAUCAUUCGAGUAGGCAUGGUGGAUACUAUGACAUUUGGAUGCAUUGUAUCCAACAUUGUUCUCUACAUCUCUUUAGCUGUCAUUUUGGGAGUCAUUGUUGUUAAAUUCAGUCUAGCGGUCGCAUUUGGAUGGUUCCUGUCCUGGAAAUUAGGUAACUUCAAGGAUGGUCAGUCGUAUGCUGAUCGCAUGAAGCGAGAACAGGAGAUAGAAAACUGGACCGCCGACAUCUAUACCCCAGCCAACAUCACACGCUCUCCGUACUUAUAUCCUCCUACCAAUCCUCCACGCAAGAAGUCUCUUAUCCCGCAGACGUCUCGGUUUACCAAACCUGAACCAGGCAAGCUCAAAUACGGAGGAUCGUUCGAACUCUCUAAUCAAAACAUGUGGCGCCGUCCAUCUAGCGCUACGGUAUCCACCAUUUACGGAUCCACCAUCACUUCUCCAUUCUCGUCCACGCUUGGCACCAACUCAACCAACCCAUCGACUAUAUACAACCCCAAGGCUGAUUUCAAUCAAUCUCGCCGACAAAGCGAAUUGACGUUCCCAGUCAGUCGCCGGUCUUCCGUUUCGACAACCACUCCAUACAAUCCUUUCAGUGACAUCAAGUGUCCGUUGCCCAUGUCAAAGCAUCUGGUUGCGCAACCAGAUAUAAAUUACAAGCCCUUCAACUUUACCUUGGCUCACACUAUUUGUCUCGUCACGGCAUACUCUGAGGGCAUCCAAGGUUUACGAACGACACUGGACUCCAUUGCUACCACAGACUAUCCCAAUUCGCACAAAUUGAUUGUUGCUAUUGCCGAUGGUGUCAUCACUGGAUCAGGCAACGAGAUGUCUACCCCGGAUAUCUGUCUAUCCAUGAUGCGUGAUCUCAUUGUUCCCAAAGACGAAGUCCAGCCCUACUCAUACAUUGCCAUCGCCGAUGGCUCCAAGCGGCAUAACAUGGCCAAAGUCUACGCUGGUUUCUACCGUUACGACAGCACUACCGUCGGCCCUGCACAACAACAGCGUGUUCCUAUGAUUUUGAUUGCCAAGUGCGGGUCCCCUGAUGAAAAGCAUGAUAAGAAACCAGGUAAUCGUGGCAAGCGCGAUUCGCAGAUCAUCCUCAUGUCGUUCUUACAAAAGGUCAUGUUCGACGAGCGCAUGACUCACCUGGACUACGAAAUCUUCAAUAGUAUUUGGCGAGUUGCCGGUAUUACGCCUGACAAGUAUGAGUCGGUUCUCAUGGUGGAUGCCGAUACAAAGAUCUUCCCUGAUUCGCUGUCAAGAUUGAUUUCAUGCUUGGUCAAGGAUCCAGAAAUUGCAGGGCUUUGUGGCGAGACCAAGAUUGGGAACAAGACGGAUAGUUGGGUGUCGAUGAUGCAAGUUUUUGAAUACUACAUCUCUCACCACCAGUCCAAAGCUUUUGAAUCCAUCUUUGGCGGUGUCACUUGUCUGCCAGGAUGCUUUUGCAUGUAUCGAAUCAAGGCUCCCAAAGGUCCUAACGGUUACUGGGUGCCUAUUUUGGCCAAUCCAGAUAUCGUGGAGCAUUAUUCUGAAAAUGUCGUCGAUACUCUGCACAAGAAGAAUCUGUUGCUGCUGGGAGAAGAUCGAUACUUGUCAACGCUUAUGCUACGGACGUUCCCCAAACGCAAGAUGAUCUUUGUUCCUCAAGCCGUCUGUAAGACGGUGGUCCCUGAUACCUUUUCGGUACUACUAUCACAGCGUCGCCGCUGGAUCAACUCUACUAUUCAUAAUUUGAUGGAACUUGUUUUGGUACAAGAUUUGUGUGGAACUUUCUGCUUUUCUAUGCAGUUUGUUGUGUUCAUGGAAUUGGUGGGUACGCUUGCCUUGCCGGCUGCUAUCUCUUUCACCUUGUACCUGGUCAUUUUGGCUUGCAUUGGCCAACCUGCCGUGAUUCCGUUGAUUUUACUCGCUAUCAUUCUUGGACUUCCUGCCGUAUUGAUUGUUAUGACCAGUCGCAAGCUGGUGUAUGUCGGCUGGAUGCUGAUCUAUCUGCUCUCUCUACCAAUUUGGAAUUUUGUGCUACCGGUGUACGCAUACUGGCAUUUUGACGAUUUCUCAUGGGGAGAAACGAGAAAAGUCGAAGGUGAAGGAAAGGAAGUCCAUGGUGACAAGGAAGGUGUAUUUGAUAGCUCACAAAUCGAGAUGCGAAAGUGGAGUGAAUUUGAACGAGAUCGUCAAGCUUUGGAAAUUCAGCUAUGUAUGGAGUACCGCCGAGAGGAAGAAGAGCGAGCCCAUCAAGAAGCCAAACAGCAGCAUGAAGAACAAGAAGCAGCUUUGAAAGCUGAAAUGGCCGCUCAAGCACAAGUUGCUGAGGCAGCCGUCGUCGUCAUACCUGCCGUGAGUGAGGUCCAAGAGGUGCCUCUAACAAGUGAACCAUCAUCCACCAAGCCGAUGCCUGAGCCGGAAGAAAAUUGGGAGGCAAUCGCCAUGGCUGGUAUGGUUUGGAGCGAGGCUAUUUCCAGCUAUGGCGCUACAGAGUUCCGAUACCCCUUCCUCUCUAAGGUCGGCCAACGUAAAUAAAAAAUCAAAUAC